GGAACGAGUUGAAGUGGGUAGAGCGGGAGUUGGAAAGGCUGAUGGGGAUGGGUGCGAUAAAGUUGAGGAGCUUUUACAGAUAAGAGAGGGGGUGUUGAAAGUCGAUUUGGAAGGAUGUAGUUUGGUAAAGGCAGUGGACAAGGGAAAUUGGAAGUCUACAAAAAGAGUGAAGAUUUAUGGUUUGAUAGUGGACAUGGAGAAAGGGGUGGUCGAGGUGCCUGAAGAAAAGAUCGAGAGAGUACAAGAGGAAUUAAAGACAGUGGAGAGGUUGCAAAUG